AUGUUUCCUGACAAGUCACGUUCUGCGCCCGUUUCAACAACGCAACCGCUGAGCUUGGCUCAUUUCACACCUUGCUUCAUCGCCGACACUCAAAAGACAGGACCCGAUAGCAAACUCAUAACAAUCUCUGUUCCUCCUGUCGCGGUCUUGGAUGGAACCUUGGAAAAACGCUCACCCAUAUGGUCAAUAUACAUCAAAGACGAUGAUAUACAAGUAGAACGACCGUAUACUCCACUGGAAGGCAUUGACUCGCGAGGAAACAUCAAAUUGUGGAUCAAGAAAUACGACCAGGGUGAGGUUGGGCGAUGGCUGCACACGAAACGCGUGGGAGAACGCGUUGACGUUCGCGGUCCAGCGGAGACUUGGCAAUGGAAGGAGGACACAUGGGAUGAUGUGGUUAUGAUAUCUGGUGGAACAGGGAUAACACCCUUUUACCAACUUGUGCACCACGUACUUUCAUCUGAACAAAUCUCGAGCAAGACGCGUUUCACUCUCUUGCACUCCUCCAAGACACCUGAAGAGCUUCCACCUUCAGAGGUUCUGUCUCGCUUAAUAAACCUCAGCGACGCUCAUCCGCAACGAUUUAACUUCAGGCUCUUCGUUGACUCCAUCCCGAAAAUUACGCCCGACCGAAGUUCCGGGUAUCUCUUCGAAGACACUAACUCAGAUGCUUCGCUUGGCAGUCGUUCAAACUAUGACCUUGACGUAGGUCGAAUAAACAAGAAGGCCAUUGAGAGGGCUUUGGACAGGGAAGGCUCAUGGAUAUCGAGACUACUUGGACGGCCUUCGUCGCAGGUUACCGAGGGAAGAAAGGUGAUGGUUUUGGUCUGUGGCCCUGAACCGAUGAUCAACGCAAUCGCCGGCCCAUAUGGGCGAAAUUACUCUCAAGGAGUUGUUGGUGGAGUAUUGGGCGAGCUUGGGUAUAAGUCUCAUCAAGUCUGGAAACUAUGA